UUUGAAAGGAUGAUUACAAUCUAAUUCUAUUUUCAUGGCCAGACUUGCUGCUGUAGCUUCUGCAUAAGUUCUUUUUUUCCCCGACAGUUCCUAAAUGCAACCUUAUUACCAAAUCAUUGUGCGUCGUGACGUAUUAUUUCAGCGCCAGUAACAUGUUUUUAGCAAUUUGGCGAACAGUUUCCUGAAACAUGCUGUAAAAUAAGGACUCAUUCACAUGUUAAACAUGUAUUUGAAGACAACAUGAUUGCGGAAAUAAUCUCAGCAUUGAAUGUGCUGACGAAGCCCCUUGCUGAGGCGUCUGGAUGUAAUGCACAAACCUCAAAGGAGGAGGCGCUUCUGUUAGCACUGCGGGGGAACAUAGAUGUUCUCCUGGAGCAGCUACACAGUAACAACAGUCUGCAGGAGGCAAGGAGACUCAGGGAAGAUGUGUUGGUUGACGCAAGCUGGUACUUAAACGACACAGAGGAUGUGAUUUGGAGCUUUGUCCAGGAGUGUCUGCUUCUACUGCUCAGCUUAGCACGCCACCUUUCUGCUGAACUCAAGCUUUUCCAGCAGACACCUGCUCCUUCUGCCAAAUUACGCACCCCUGAGAUGGCUCCCCCCUUACCACCAGAUGUCCUCAGUUUCUCUCAACAGAAAACAGUUGGAACAGCCCUUCAAUUUGUGGUUUCUUUUGGCCUCUGUCCAUUCUUGGCUCCAGGAGUAGGUGUGCCACUAGGUCACAGGUCUGCAUUUGGUGCCAUGGUGGAAAAAAUGGUGUCUGGUCAAACUGCUGUUGGAGCAGCACACCAGCUUCUGACAACAACAACUAUGUUGUUGCGCUUGGCUGAACUGUCAUCUCUUGCCACGCUGGUGUUCACCCGGCACCUGGGAGAUGUGAUAGCGGCACUCUGUCAGCUCGGUUAUCAGCCACAGAAGUCCAAGAUGACAAGCAGCACAAAGAAUGUUCAGGAGUUGAGUGAAGAGGAACGUAGAAACAGUCGGGACGUUCUCCAAAGUCUUCUGGUAAAAGUGUAUCAGCCAGUCGUUAUUAAGGAGCUCCUCAUUUUACAAGGUGGAGCCAAGAAGUCUGGUCCAUUAGGAAGCUCCAGUAGUUCCAGAAGCAGGGGAGCCCCUGGCUGGCUGAGGCGUCUUUGUGGUCAGUUACUAUCUGAGCGUCUGAUGCAGCCUAAUGGGGUCCAGGCUGUAGUCAGAGCCAUCCUGGAGGGAGGAACAGGUGGGUCAGACUGGAAGAAAUGUGACAGUAUAGCCAAGAUUCUCACAGCAUGCCCCCAACAGUCUGAAUCAGCUGACACCUACUAUAAGCAAGUCUGUUCUCAGAUCCUUGAGCUCUUGCAUAUCAAAGACAAGCUUACAGCUCAACAGUUUCAGUGUGUGGCCACAAGGGCAGCUGUCAAUUUGCUGCAAGAGAAGACCAGAUUUGCUCAGCCCUACUUGCUGGUUCCUGUGUUGAGUCCUCUCUACCACUGCAUCACAGCUACUGCUGAUGUGGACUGCCAAGUUGCCGUGGAGGAAUGGGAGAUGACACAAUGUGUGGAGGACAUUAACAAGAUUUGGGUUGUGGGCAACAGCCCUUCAAGUCCUCUUCUCAGAGCAUUAGAAGAAGUUCUUCCAGUUGUCUUCACACUCUUCUGUUUCACCAAGCAGAACGUCUGCAACCUACGAGCCCCAUGUCAGGAUAUUUUGCUGUGGUACCUGAGCCAUGCUGAGACCUCUGCCCUCCUAUCGCUACUCAGGCAGCUGUCAGGUUUACAGGAUCUGAAGAAUGAAGUAGCAACAGGCUUCCAUUUUAGCCCCGGCAGCAAUGGUGGAGUCCAACUUAGCUGUAGAGUAGGCUGCAGUGAUGAGGAUGAUGCUCUGUAUGAGAAGCUGACAGGCGAGCAGUGGAGGCUAGAAUGUCUGACUAACCUGCUGGCUGAACUCAAAGACAGUGAUGUGCCCGGAGAUUUCUUCCUUGACCUGCUGCAGGAGCUAACCAGCUGGACGGCAGUAGCUGGGGUAGAAGAGGAGAAGGAUGGACAGCACUUGGACAUAUCUUCCAUGACACUCUUGGAGGUGGAGCAGGAGCAACAGGGUCGGGUUGCAAGGCAAGGCCACACAUUGGCUUUGCUUCAGGUGUUGGCCAUAAUGGUGGAGUCCCUUCAGCAUACUGUGAUACUGAGAAAAAACAUACAGGUGAUCGACUUCAUAGAUUCUCUGCUUCAGAGGGCAUGCAUCGUUCUGGAUAAGGCAAAUGGUGUUCUCAUUGAAAACCCGAUCGAAAACCAAACACUGAGUAUGGCGAUGGGCCUGGUGGCAACUCUGCUUUCUGAACCCCAGCUUUCCCCUGACGUCUACUCUUCUAUGUCAAGACUGCUCCGGCCGCUAGCGACUCUUUCUCAGCAACAUCCAGAGGUGUUCAUCCAGGAGCUGGCCUCAAAUUUAAGAGCAGUCAUUGCUACCCAUGGUGCCUACCACCUCACUUCCAGCGCUUUCUCAGGCUCCAAAGACAGCAACCUACCACCCAAGAGCGACACUCUGCCUUCAAAGAAAAGAAGCGAGAUUGAAACAAAGACACCACAGACUUGUCCCCCGUCACCUCUAUCCGUCACGAACAAGCUUAAACAAUCCCAUAUCAAAGAGCCAACGUCCUCUGAGGACUCUGUGGCAGGUGAAACGUCACAUUCCUCUCAGGCCUUUUCUGAUUGGCUGCUUGAGGCGUGUCACCCCGAUGUUCCAACCAGAGCAUUUGCCCUGAGGAAAUUGACCCAAAUGGUGCAAUCCAGAGACCAAGAAAUUGUACAAGCCCAGGAGAAAGUCCUGAUUCUCUUUCUUGAAAACCUGGAUCAUGAGGACUCCUUCGUCUACCUGUCAGCCAUUCAAGGACUUGCUUCAUUGGCUGAUUUCUAUCCUGAGAGAAUUCUGGAAAGGCUCCUAAAAGAUUUUCAACAAGGUUCCUCACUCUCAACAUCCAACAAGGACCACUCUUUGGAAUUUCGACUUAAAAUGGGAGAAGUCCUAAUGAGGGCAAGCAGGGCUAUGGGGGAGUUGGCGCCAAACCUCGGUCGUCCCCUAAUUUCGGUGUUCCUGAGAGGAACCAGAGACUCUGACCAAAGCGUCCGUGCCAGCAGUCUCUCUAACCUGGGAGAACUGUGCCAGAGACUGGACUAUGCACUCGGUCCGCUGGCUCAAGAGCUGAGCUCCUGUCUCACUGCUCUGAUAAGGACAGAGAAGGAGGCAGAGGUGAGGAGAGCUGCCGUCCAUGUUAUCACCUUGCUGCUCCGGGGCCUCAGUGACAAAACCACCCAGGUCCUCAGUGACGUUUUGUUGGACCUGUACCGAGCUCUAAAGUGGGUGCUUCGAUCUGACUCGGAUGAGGUCGCCGUGCUUCACGCCCAGCUGGCUCUGGAGGAGCUCGAUGACGUGAUGCGAAGCCUCAUCUUCCCCAAACCAAAGUUGGAGAAGAAGAUAGUUGUCCUCCCCUAAAAGUUAGAUUUUUUUUACAGUAUUACUUUUUUCUUUACUUCUAGCACGAUGUUUCACUCCAUGUGACAUAGUCUUGGCCGCAACCCUACAGAAUCACAGUGCAUCACAUUGCAUUUUUUUAAUAAGGACGAGUGGAUCGACAAUGUCAGUAUAUUCAGUUGUGGUCUAACAUAUAGAUCCUGUAAAGUUUUACUAAUCAUGUCUCAGCCUGAAGAAGGAGUCCAUAGGUUUUGU